AUGUCGAGCCUAACAAGAACUUCGCAACAUCUUGCCGCGGUGUUCGCGUGCUUUUAUUUCCUAAAAGGUGCGACAGGUAUCGUCGACAGCACCCCGUGCGAUCGCCUAACGAAGCCAACCAUCCCCGGCGCGACUGUGAUAUCAAUACAAUCGCAGCAUUUGCCGAACACGUCGGUGCUCGCGAGUCCUCCGCUCCUAAACAUCAACGUAACCGGACUCGACAUCUGCAAUGUCGAUGUCGUCCUCUCGCAUCAGAGCUCCAAUGAUACCGUCAAGGUCAAAGUGUGGUUGCCCUCCGCUGGAUGGAACGGACGCUUUCUCGGGACCGGCGGCAGCGGCUACGCGGCAGGGUUCUUUGAGCUCAGUCUUGCUCCCGUGGUGGCACUGGGCUACGCUGCCGCUUCGACCGAUGCAGGACUGGCAGGCGAUCCUUACUCUCCAGCGGCAUGGGCUCUGGAUGCACAGGGCAACGUGAACAGCGACCUCCUGCUGAACUUUGCGUCGAGGUCCGUCCACGACAUGGCAGUGGCCGGCAAAGCCAUUGCAACACAGUACUACGGCAAGAAACCACAUCAUUCGUACUGGAACGGCUGCUCCACGGGCGGAAGACAAGGCCUGAUGGCCGCGCAGACCCACCCAGAAGACUUUGACGGGAUUGUCGCAGGGGCGCCCGCCAUCGACUGGGCAAGGUAUGUCAUUGCGGAACAGUGGCCUCAAGUCGUCAUGCGGGAAGAGGGGUUCCACUCUGGCAGGUGCUUGCUGCAGGCCUUCACGAACGCGAGCAUAUCGGCGUGCGAUUCCCUAGACGGCCUCACCGACGGCAUCAUUUCAAACCCCCGGUCGUGUAAGUUCGAUCCUUACACAAUGGUCGGGUGGGACUUUCAAUGCGAGGACGGGCAAAAAGAAACAGUCACUCCCAAGAUUGCCUCUAUGCUAGCCAAGAUCGUCGCCGGCCCGAAAGGACUGGCAGUCACACACAAAUACGCCCUGAACGCCGGAGCCGCGCUGGACAGUCUCGCCAACACGACAACAGACAGCGACGGCAACACCAUCGGAUACCCUUUCUUCGUCAACGACGCAUGGAUCAGAUAUUUUGUGAAAAAGGACCCCGGCUUCGACACAACAACCGUAGGCUACGCCUCGUUCGCGCAGCUGUUCAACGCAUCGCAGCGCGAAUACGGCGCCCUCAUCGGAGGCUAUAACCCCGAUUUGUCGCGUUUUCGGGCCGCGGGAGGGAAAGCCAUCGUCGGGCAUGGCGAGGCCGAUCAGCUCAUCUUCCCAGCUGGGACCGUGGAGUACCAUCGCAUGGUUGAACGGGUCGUCGGGCGUGGCAAUGCGUCCUCAGUGGCGGGCUUCUAUCGCACGUUUCUCGCCCCGGGAGUCGAUCAUUGCGGAGCAGGUGCAUUGACUGGCGCAUCACCAGGCGCUGUGCCCGUCGAUCCCCUUGCCGCGGUGGUGGCGUGGGUUGAGAACGGGAUCGCGCCGGAUGUGCUGGACGCGAGGAUCCAGAGCGUGAGAGAUGAUGGGGCUGUCGUGACGAAGACGCGGAAUCUGUGUCCUUUCCCGCUGAGGUCACGGUAUCGGGGCGGUGAUGCGGUGGCAGAGGGUAGUUACGUCUGUGCUUGA